AUGCCAAGUGAGAAUUGUUUCAAGCUGAACAUUGAUGGCUCUAGAAGUACUUCCUCUGGAAAGAUUGGAGCUAGUGGAGUCAUAAGGGAUCACAGAGGCAGUUGGAUUUCUGGUUUUCAAAUAAAUCUUGGAGUUGGGGAAAUUCUUGAUGCUGAGGCAUGGGGUUUGUUCUAUGACAUGAAAUUAGCUUCUCAGCUGCAGAUUAACAACUUGAGUAUUGAGUCUGACUCUGCUGUACUUGUCCAACUCUUCCAGUGUGCUAAUCUUGAGAUGCACCCUCUUGGCUCUCUCCUUAAAGGUUGUAAGAAUUUCAUGUCUGCUUUAAGAGCUACUCAGAUCAAUCAUAUUUUCAGGGAAUCCAAUAUGACUGCAGAUGCUUUGGUUGAAAAUAGUGUGCUUCAUAAAUUAGGCCUGAUUGUUUUUGACAAUCCUUCGGCCCAUGUUACUUAA